CUCAAACUCAAAAGCUAUUUCUCACCUCAGGUCGUCUUGCUCCUGCGUUAGUCCCAUUAAAGGAGCUUUCCACCAACGGUAAACGAUCAACUUCCGGGAAUGGACCCCGCCAAAACGUAUCCAUCCACUAUCUGCCACGUGCUGGCGAUGCCCUAUCCCGGUCGCGGCCACAUCAACGCCAUGAUGAACUUCUGCAAGCUCCUAGCUUUGAAAAGGCCCCAACACAUUCUCGUCACCUUCGUAGUCACCGAAGAGUGGCUCGGCUUCAUCGGCUCAGACCCUAUGCCGGAUAACAUACGCUUCGCCACCGUACCCAACGUCAUACCUUCCGAGCAUGGUCGUGCCAAAGACUUUCCCGGCUUCAUGGAAGCCGUAAGCACGAAGAUGGAAGCGCCCUUUGAGGAGCUCCUAGACCGGCUUGAGCCGCUGGUGACAACCAUCGUGGCUGACACUUUUGUGGUUUGGGCUGUCGGAGUUGGGAACCGGAGGAAUAUUCCGGUGGCAUCGCUAUGGCCCAUGUCUGCGACGGGGUUCUCUCUGAUUCACCAUUUUGAGCUCUUCGUGCAGCACGGCCACUUCCCGAUUGAACUGUCAGACAUUGGAGAUGAGCUUGUAGACUACAUUCCUGGAGUGUCUACCAUGCGUAUUAUAGAUCUUCCCACCAUUAUGUAUGGAAACAAUCGAAAAGUCUUGAACCGAAACUUGGAAGGUGUUUCAGCGGUGUCUAAAGCGCAAUAUCUUCUAUUCACUUCCGCCCAAGAGCUUGAAACUGAAGUCAUUGAUACUUUAAAAGUAGAACUUCCUCUUCCGGUAUACACUAUUGGUCCUGCCAUACCUUACUUCGAACUUCAAAAGAAUUCCUCUAUAACAAAUGGUCACAAUGACGUGAACUAUCUCGAGUGGCUAGAUUGUCAAUCUACAGGCUCUGUCUUGUACGUCUCGUUUGGAAGCUUCCUUUCGGUUUCAAGUACCCAAAUGGAUGAAAUUGCAGGUGGGCUACGGGAUAGUGGCGUCAAGUAUUUGUGGGUGUCGCGUGAGGAAACUGCUCAGCAUGGAGAUGCUAGUGGUAGUGAUAUGAGCCUAGUGUUGCCUUGGUGUGACCAAUUGAAGGUGUUGUGCCAUCCAUCAGUAGGAGGGUUUUGGACACAUUGUGGAUGGAAUUCUACGUUGGAGGCAGCUUAUGCUGGUGUUCCUAUGCUUACUUUUCCUAUAUUGGGGGAUCAAAUCCCAAACAGUAAACAGGUUGUGGAGGACUGGAAGGUUGGAUGGAGGGUUAAGAAAGAUGUGGGAUCUGAAAAUUUAGUGACAAGGGGAGAAAUCUCUGAACUUGUCAAAAUGUUUAUGGAUCAAAAAAGCAAUGAGGUCAAUGAAAUGAAGAAAAGAGCAAAACAACUUCAAGAGGUAUGCCGAGGCGCAAUCGCUGAAGGUGGAUCAUCCGAAACAAAUCUUGAUGCUUUUAUUAAAAAUAUUUCAAAAGGCCACGGUCAGUAACCAUAUUGUGAUGUGUUAUGUCUGAUUAGCUAGUUGGUGAGGCAAUAGCUUAUCAUUGAUGAUUUAAUUUGUAACGAAUGACCGAUAAUUUCAAUAAGUUCAUGUGAAUUUCAA